UGCCACUAAUUCACGCGUCGGUUCGGUGUCAAGCCGCGAGAGCGUUAUUGGAAGCGACGUGGGCGCGAUAAAAUGGCCAGCCUGCUUCAUUCUGCCACCAUACCCACCCGCCAGCAGCCUUGGUACUGUUUAAAAGAUCCGGACUGCCGAAAGAGCCAAACACUUUGCUGGUGGAAUGGUGUGGACGACAUCAGGCAAAGAUAUGUCUUGUAGAAACAGAACCUUGUAUAUCGAGAUUUGAAUUAACGGGUGUGGCAAAGAAAUGAACAGAGAUAUACGGCCAAGCUGGUAGUAUGCAGGGCAGUUGUGUCAAGACGUUCUUAAGGCAUUAUUAUGCGUGCGUGGCAGGUACAGCAAUUAUUACGAGGCCGGAGUUCUGAGUUUGCAUAACGGACGCGUGCCAAGUGCAAAUUUGUUAUCAGGUAGAUUAGUUCUUUUUCACGCCCCCCUAGUUGUUGCAGGAAGUUGUAGAAGCGCCAGGCUCGGCACCGAGACACACUUCAUUAAACGGAAAGGCGGCGUUUCUGAGUGAUAAGUUUGUUGCAAGUACACUGUAUAGGCGGUUUCCAAUGAAAUUUGAUACAUGUGUUGUCUUAUCAAAUGGCACGCGAUAUAUAGCCGCACAGGAACCCGUUAUAACUAAUGCUCGCGUAUGAGUUAUGAUGUGAUUAAUGCAAUCAAACAGUAGAUCUUGAUUUCCCGACCUCACCUCUUUGAAAGUCGCGCCCACAGUUGACUCGCGACGGGCGUGAACCCAGCAUCGCACCCAAGAAAGAGCGUUAGUUUUAGCAGCUUGUAUAUACGAUCUGUAAUUGUCACCUUUUGCAAUCUGAACGUGGGAGAUUACUACGCGCCAAGCUGCAACUAUCUAUACGUCACAGGUCACGUGCUCAAACAACCAGCGUGCGUCCAGGUCCGGAAAAAAAUUAACUUCGUCCUGGAAUCAACUAAAAGGCGAGAAACGGAAAUACAUUAUUCAGAUCGUGAUUUACGUUGAGUCGAAAUAACAGCAACAAGGAUUUGAAGAAAAAGACAUUGAAUUACGGACUCAUGAAAAAAUCGAGCGCAGUAACGUCCUGGCUAAAGCGAAUCUUCAUUCUGUGCCUUCAAGUAAUGCUGACCUUACAAGUUCUUUCACCCAUUAUGUGUGUCGAGGGUACGGGAGCUCCACGAUGGUGGAACAUCAUCCGACUACUACAAUUACAUCCCAGCAACUCAACACACUAUCCAAGCUACGUUGCCGAGCCUAUUAUAUGCACACAAGUCCCAGGAUUGGGCACGAGACAACUUCGAUUCUGUUCCUCAAACACCGACCUCAUGCCCAGUAUUGCACACGGCACGAAGAUGGGAAUUGACCAAUGCAAGCAUCAGUUCAGCGACCGGAGGUGGAAUUGUCCCACGCAACCUUUACGUACCGCUCGCCCAAUCCGACGACGAAACGUAUUCGGGCCUGUAUUGGAAAGAGCAUCUAAGGAAGCAGCAUUUGUUCAUGCUAUUAAUUCCGCUGGAGUUGCCCAUUCUAUAACCAAAGCUUGUUCAUCUGGUGAUAUGCGGUCGUGUGGUUGUGAUGAUAGAGUAAAAGAGAAAACCCCAGCUUUACAAGAAAUAGUUGGUGGUAAAUGGUCGUGGUCGGGAUGUAGUGACGACGUACAAUAUGGUGUUGCAGCUUCGAGGCAAUUCGUUGACGCUCCCGACCAAGGAAGGGAUGCGAGGGCGAUCAUGAAUCGUCAUAACAACGAAGCUGGGAGGCAGGUCCUUCUUCGCAAAAUGCAAAUUAAAUGCAAGUGUCAUGGCGUUUCUGGUAGUUGUCAGUUUCGUACGUGCCUGUGGGCGUUACCCCACUUUAACAACGUUGGAAGUGAACUCAAACAAAUGUAUGUCAAAGCUAAAAACAUGAGGGUAGAGCGACACCUAGAGACAAGGGGGAUUGCUGAAUCAUUGGUGCCAGGACCGACGACGUUGCGUCCGCCGACAACGAAUGAUUUAGUUUACUACCAAGAAUCGCACGACUACUGCGAACGUGACGACAGUCUCGGCAUACAAGGGACCAGCGGUCGACUCUGCAACGCCACCUCGGACGGCGUGGACAAUUGCAACUUGCUUUGCUGUGGACGCGGAUAUACCACAGCACAUAAAACUAGGGUCGAAAAGUGCAGAUGCCGAUUCCAAUGGUGCUGCACGGUUACAUGCGAAGAAUGCAUUGUGCAUUACGAAGAGCACACUUGUAUUUGAUAGGAGACGGAGAGAAGUUAUUAUAACUCCGUCAGAAGUUCGUGAUAAAAGAUAUACGACCGCUUCCCCAAAUGCGCUGGCGCUUUUUUAUUAGCGGCGAGUAGAGAUAUAACAGUUACUUUGCUUCAGAGUUGCAAGGAUAACUGUGUACGCUGUAUAUGUCGUAAUGUUCGCUUUUCUAAAUAAACCUGAAAAUCAUGCAUAAAA